UUCACAAAUGAUAACUUUGUGAUUUCUCUGAUUAUUAACCAGAACUUCUUGGAAAAGUUCUCUGCAAAUCAGUUUCGAAUGUUUUGUCUUCUCUCAAAAUACAGAUCAGCUGUGGAAUACAGUGAUGCAAGCAUGGCAGAAGCUGGAAAUCUUCUGCACUCCAUUUCAGCUUUUAUUGAUGAUGCAUCUGCUUACGUGAGAGGACAGUUGAUGUGCCCAUCGGUUGAUGAAACUCUACUAUGGGAGAGGUUAAAUGCAACUAAAGUCAAUGUGCAGGCUGCCUUUGCUGAUGAUUUUGACACCCCAGGGGCUACCGAUUCAAUUAUGAACCUCGUUCACCAUGGCAACAGACAGCUUCAAGCAGUUACCAAGGAAGGAGACUAUCCCAGGAGUCCAGCUGUGUUUGGGGCAAUAAUCUCUUAUAUAGAGCGAUUCUUGGAUGUUGUUGGUAUUUCACUUGGACAAAGUCAGGUGCAGGCAGCAGACCGAUCUUCAGUCACCCUUCACAGUGUCGCUGAACAACUGGUUGGUUUUCGACAGGAAGUAAGAAAGUAUGCCCUGGCAUUGGAUGAUCGGGAGCUGGCAUUGAGUGAAGGCAGGGAGCUGUCCCAGGAAGAGAAACAGAAACUGAAGGAGAGGCGUAAGCAGAUGCUGAGUGAACGGCAACCUCUCCUCCAGGCCUGCGACUUGCUGCGGCAGGAUCUUGGUGUAAUAGGAAUAAAUAUCAAGCAGCCAGAAGAGAAAUUAAAGGUCAGUGCCACUGCUCGCCUGGGCCCCAGCCGCUGGACCCGAGCACCAGGACUCCAGUUUUUGGGCCCUGACGUACUCCCUGUUCCAGGACCUGAAUAUUGA